CUCUCUCUCAAACGUUCAAGACCCUUCUCCAAGUUUUCUUCCCACGAUCCCAUUACCUAUAUAUAUUAUGCACAAUGAUAACUCCCUACCUCAACAAGAAAUCUCAAAGUUGUAAUUUCCCAAUAAAGAUAAGCUUACUAAGUGUGUGAUUUCGUACAUUUUUUCCGUGUGCACAACUUUCUGUGUUGUUAAUAGUAACUAUGGCUUCAGCAUUGGCUUUGUCUUCUUCGUCACCUUUGUUGUCAAACAAAGCAAGGUCUUCAAUCAAAGCAAACGCCAUUCUGCCGUCAUCCGCCACCUUUCCAACGCGUCAGAAUAGGCUGCCAGUGGUGAGAGCUCAGGCCGGUGGAGACAAGUUGGACGUGCAAGUCAAUCAGGGCAACCAAGGGACUGAUGUGGAGAGGAGGCCAAUGAGUUCGGCUGUGGACAUUUCUCCUUUUGGUCUAUUGGAUCCCCUCGCCCCAGUGAGAACAAUGCGGCAAAUGCUGGACACAGUGGACCGGCUUUUCGGAGACACGGUGGCAUUCCCCGGCAGAACCAAAGCAGCAGGGGAAGUUCGUGCGCCAUGGGACAUCAAAGACGACGAACACGAAAUCAAAAUGCGCUUUGACAUGCCGGGGCUCUCGAAGGAGGACGUGAAGGUGUCGGUUGAGGACGAUGUGCUAGUUAUAAAGGGGGAGCAAAAGAAGGAAGAAGGCGGGGACGAUUCGUGGUCGAGCAGGAGCUUUAGCUCCUACAAUACCCGGCUUCAGCUGCCGGAUAAUUCGAAGAAGGACAAGAUCAAGGCGGAGCUCAAGAAUGGUGUUCUCUACAUAGCUAUUCCUAAGACCAAAGUUGAACGCAAGGUUAUUGAUGUUGCAAUACAGUGAAAAAAACCUCAUCUGUUUUGAAUGCGAGCAUGUACGUACUAGAUCUUGUGGCUUUUGAUUUUGUGUGUUGUUUUGGUCUCUUUACUUGUGCUUUGUUGCAUUGUACAAAGUUGUUUCUAACAUAUGUAGUAUUAAAAUCCCAAAUAAAAUCGAAAAUCAGCCACUGAUACAGGUGACAUAAUUAAUGGAUCGAGAGUAGCUUUGGCAGGCGUAAGCUCGGAACUAACAAAAUUCAGGCUUGAUUCCCAAGUUGGGCCGCUUACUGACCCAAAUCGGAGCUCGAGGUCCAAAUCGUCUGAAUUUUUUAUUUAACAUUCGCUUAUCAAGUUGUUACAGUAUAAUCUAGUCUAUGCAUUUUUGAACCCUAAACGGUUAAACCCUAUAUGUGGAGAGGUGUCUUAAAUACGAGCACAUAUUGUCGUAGAAAUAGAUGCACGCUUAAAAAAAUAAGUUUUUCUUCAUUUGCGUAAUAACGUAUGGGUACGGUCCUAUAUUUAGAUACGUUGAAAAAUCUCUUCUAGAUAGAUCGGUAAGGACAUGAAUCCAUCUAACCUUUAUAUUUGGGAAAGGCCAAAAUAGUACUCACACUUGAUGAGCCAAAAAAAAAAAAAAAAAAAAGAACAUGAAUUAAUUCUGUGAUAUUGAUGAAAUUAAGAUUUCAUUAUAAAACUAAUUGGCAAUAUGAGGAGUAACCCAAGAUCAUAUAAGCACAUAGCAAACCUUGUUCCUCACCAAUGUGGGACAACUCUCAACACACUCCG